AUGAGCUCCGAUGGCGUUCCUGUGGAGUACGAGGUUGAUGAGGUCGAGCCGAUGGACAUGGGGCCGGAUGAUGAUGAGUUGGAGCACCCGAUGGAGGAGGAUCCCGAGCCCGAGGCGAUGGACGCAGAGGACGAGCCCGAGGAGGCUGAGUCCGAGUUAGACUCGUUAGAUUCUGAUAAGGAGCUGCCAGAUAGUUCUUCUUCAUCAGAGUCUUCUGAUGAUUCGAUCUUCUUCCUAGAUGGGAAGAUACAAGAAUGCGAGAAUCUAGCGAGCGUCAUCAACCAGUACUAUUUUGCUUCGGGACAAGCAGUCAACUUGAACAAGUCAGAGAGUGCUCAGGAAAAGAAAAUGGCGGAGUUCAUGAGACUUCGUCAGGGAUCAAUGACGGUAGUCCAGUAUGAGGCAGAGUUUGCGAGACUAUCGAAGUUUGCUCCGAGAAUGAUGCUCCUGCUGAACAUUCGAGAUUACAGAGAAUUGUAUGAACGUGCCCAAACGAUGGAACGGGAUCAGAUGGAUAGAGCAGCCGCAUCUGGGUCACGGUUUGCUCAAAAUCGGGAUAAUCGCCGCUUUGGUAAGAAACCAAUGACGGGUAAUAGGCGAUUUGUCCCACCGCCUAGAAGGGACAUCGGGAAGCCUAACCAACAAUCGAGCAGAUUUGGAGCUUGUUUCAGGUGCGGAAGUUUGGAACAUCAGGUUAGGAGCUGUCCCCAACAGCGCCCUUCAGGACCCCCGAUGCAACAACCACCCAGAGUUAGAAAUCAAGCCGGGAAUCCCCCACUGGCUAUUCAAGGAAGACCCCCUGCGCAAGGAAGGGUCUAUGCAAUGGCAUGUAAGGAUGCUGAGGAUGUGCCAGGCGUGGUCACAGUAUUGCUUGAGAAUAUGCUCUGUGUGUCGACUCCACUGCAUGAUAGGGUGUUAGUAUCGUUGGGGUGUCUUGAUUGUAAAAUCGUGAUUGGGAAUAGAGAAGAAAGAAUUGAUUUGGCUGUAUUGGCCAUGUAUGAUUUCGAUGUGAUCAUCGGUAUGGAUUGGCUGAUGAAGUAG